GCCCUCUGGGGGAGGAGGGGCCCGGACACGUGGAAAGCAGCUGGGUGCUGGGAUGCGCGCGCUGCCCCAGGGGCCAGGUGCGCGAGGGAAGAGCGGCGGUGUCUGCAGCAGUGACGCAGCCGCGUGACGUCUCUUCCCGCCGCCGGGUAGGCACGAUGGCGUCCGGCGCGGAUGGCGAGCGGCAGCUGCGCUUUUACAGGGAGCUUCCUAAAGUGGAGCUCCACGCUCACUUGAAUGGCUCCAUCAGUUCUGUUACUAUGAAGAAACUUGUGGACCAGAAACCAUAUCUUCAAAUCCAUAAUGGAAUGACAAUGAUUGACAAGGGGAAGAAAAGGACUUUGGAAGAAUGUUUUCAGAUGUUUAAUAUCAUUCAUCAGAUUACCAAUAGGACUGAAGAUAUAUUACUGGUAACUAAAGAUGUUAUUAAAGAAUUUGCUGCUGAUGGGGUCAAGUAUCUGGAGUUAAGGAGCACACCUAGAGAAGAAAAUGGCACUGGCAUGACCAAAAGGGCAUACGUGGAAGCUGUACUUGAAGGAAUAAAACAGUGUAAAGAGGAGGAUUUGGAUAUAGAUGUCAGGUUUUUAAUAGCAAUAGAUAGAAGAGGUGGACCUAUCGUGGCCAAGCAAACUGUUAAACUUGCUGAAGAGUUCCUCCUUUCCACCGAUGGGAUUGUGGUAGGGCUUGACCUCAGUGGUGAUCCCACCGCAGGACAUGGCAAAGAUUUUUUUGAACCCCUUUUCGAAGCAAAAAAGGCAGGACUGAAACUGGCAUUGCAUCUUUCAGAGAUCCCAAAUAAAGAAGAGGAGACCAAAAUUCUUCUUGGCUUGCCUCCAGACAGAAUUGGACAUGGUACAUUUCUCAGCUCUACAACAAGUUCAGAGGACCUUGUGCAGCUUGUUAGACAGAAUCACAUACCUAUAGAACUUUGCAUGACGUCAAACUUCAAAAGUCAGACUGUACCUUCCUGUGACAAACACCAUUUUGGAUACUGGUACAACAUGGGCCACCCUACUGUACUUUGUACUGACGAUAAAGGUGUCUUUGCAACAGAUCUGUCUCAGGAGUACCAGCUGGUUGCUAAAACAUUUAAUCUGACGCCAUCACAGAUAUGGGACCUCUCCUAUGAAUCAAUCAACUAUAUCUUUGCUUCAGACCAUGUAAAAUUGAAGCUAAGGGAACAGUGGCAUAAACUGAAACCAAGUCUACUAAGUAAUUGAACUAAAGUUAUAAAUAGAUGAAAACUGAAUAUACUAGCUCCGUUAAUAAGGAUGAUCUGCCUAAGAGAUUCUGUCUUUGGCCUUUUUAAUUUUUAUACAACCAUAGGGCCCAGUCCUGCAGCCUCUGCUUAUAUGAAUUAAGGGCUACAGGAACAGACCGUUAUUUAACCAGGAUGAGAGAGAAGUUCCUUUCCACACUUUGUCUGGACAAAGUCUGUCAGUGAGUAAAAUUCCAGAUUUUUCACAUACUAAAUACCGUAUUCACUGUAGAGAAACUAAUUUUUUAAUUACUUUUUCCUGAAAUGUGUUAAAAUAUCACAAAUAUUGGAACAAUCAUAACAAAAUAAAGUUGAGUAGGAAAAGAACAUAAUACACACAUAACAACAAUGUGCUAAGCAGUAUGUAUAUGUUUUUCUAUAUCAAUCUUAAGUAGGCUGAUGGAGCAGAAAGAUAUGGACAAUCUCAGGGAGAAAAAAAUACUUGUCAAUAAGAUCUUCACACUCAGUUAAGAGACACAUUAGAACUGUUUCUGCUGAUAUAGAUGUCUGACCAAAGCUUUCUGUGGGUAGUUUAAUGAAUAGGCUGACACAAUCAAACUGAACUACACUAUCGACACACUCAGAAUUAACAGUGUGUUACGGUGUCUCUGUAUUACACUGGCAAGCAGAAAAAAAUUCUAAAAACAAAUUCAACCCAUGUGACAUGUUUAUGGGGUUUUGUUUUUAAAAUGCUUUAUUAUAAUUUAAAGUUUAUUUCUUUCCAUUUGUUUUUUAUUUUUUAAACAAAAAAUAGCUUUUUUGAUGCUGUGUGUUUCUAAAACCACUGCUUUUGUUUUUGCUCAGGGUUUGUAGAUUGGAGGCAUGUAAAUUCUGCAGCAAAUUAUGUGAAGUUGUAUCAUUUAUAAGGGAUGCUUUCCUUAUACUAAGUGAUACCAUGUCUGUUUUGACACCACAGGGAGCUCUUUAGUUUGGGAAAUGAGAUGUGGUUUUUGUCAGUGUUAUUAAUUUAUGCAUUGCUAGAUCUGUCACUCUUCACAGAAGUAUCACUGACAACACAAUCUUGCCAUAUGUGGCCCCUAUAUCACUUAAGAGACUGUGUUUUGUGAGUAUUUAAAUAAUUGUACUAGGAAUUGGGAUUUCACUUCAUAGAUUAGGAAAGAGAUUCCGCCAUGUAGAACUUUGGUCCUAUUACUUCAGGCAAUCCCUCUGCUGUCUGAGUUUCAGGAGACCAGACUAUUAAUGGCCUAUGACAGACUGCAUUUUUUGCAGUGCUAAUGAAAGUAGACCAUACUGAAUGUUCUGAAGAUGUAAAGGCAAUCUGUUUGAUGAGUCACUGGCUAUGCUGUUUCAAGUUUUUGUUGGCUCAUGAGAACUGUCAUUGGUAAUGAUUUUUUUUUUUUAUCUUGUAACAAGGCUACUAAUAUGGGUUAUGUGUUGCCCCUGUCAACAGUCAUUGUCACUUCUACUCUGCCUGAUGCUGCCAGGUGCUCAGACGAUUGGGCCCUUAAAAAUCUUUUUAGGAGGGGGAGAUCUUGCAACGGUCAUGGGGAUGGCUAAUACUGUGCCUCCAAAUAUUUGUGAUGUGCUCAGAUUCCACAAGCCUAGUAAUAGGGUCCCAGUCCUUGGUCUCUAGAUGUCAGGGCAACUUGUUGUUGUGUCUGAGCCAAUUGGAAAAAGGUUUAUGAUGAUAAAAACUGGAGAUAGAGUUAGAAUGCUUAUGUGGCAGGAUGAACUUUCUCAGCUAUAUCAUUUAGAAUGAAGCCUAAUGAGUGACCCAGUAGAGGGAUCGUUCUUUUCUGCUGAGAAUACUUACCUCUCAUGUGCUAAGAAAUCAGUUCAGACAAUGUUAUGUGACCUCCUAGCAGCAGCUGGACAUAGGAAACAAGCACAGCUUUGUGACGUCUGCUCUGUAUAGAACGAGCUGUCCUGGCUGAGCUCUCCAGUUCUUUUCUGUGUCCCAGCAGGAGCAGAUCACACUCUGACUUCUGAACUAGGGAUUUAGUUGUUUAUUGUGAUCCACUUUCAGAUAGCUGCUGUUAUAUGUAUGUGGGGAAGAUCAAGACCUAUCUGCAUUCUGCUCCCACAUCCCCCAAUCCUGAGGUCAAGGAAAGAACGCUCUAUCUUAUAGAACGCCGUGGUUCAUGUGUUUUUAGUGAGUAGUCCCCUAGCACCCUAUCAGCCAUCCAUGAUUGUGAUCAGUUGUGCCCCAGCCAUAAAGUACAAGUAAUCGGUGUAAAUUGCUAUGUGGGGGUUGUGUGCCCACUGGCAGGCCAGACAGCAUAUGACUUUAGAGUAGAACCUCAGAGUUCCGAACACCAGCGUUUCAAACAGACCAAUCAGCCACACUCCUCAUUUAGAACCAGAAGUACACAAUCUGGCAGCAGCAGAGACAAACCACUCCCCACCCCCCCAAAAAAGCAAGUACAGUACUGUGUUAAAUGUAAACUACUAAAAGAAAAAAAAGCGGCAUUUUUCUUCUGCAUAGUAAAGUUUCAAAGAUGUAUGAAGUAAUGUUCAGUUGUAAACUUUUGAAAGAACACCCAGAAUGUUUUGAUCAGAGUUAUGAACAACCUCCAUUCCUGAGGUUUCAUAACUCUGAGAUUCUACUGUAUAUUAAAACUGCUGCUCGGAGAUGGGGUACUCUGGAGAAUAGAGCAAGGGGUCACAAGCUGCGAAGUCCUGAGGGUAAAUCUCAUCUCUGCAGCUGAUUGGCUGUAUGGCCUUAGGCAAGUAACUUCACUUCGCUGCCCCAGCUUUCCAGGCUGUGAAAUGGAGAUAAAUGCUAUCUGUCUCAUGGAGGUUGUUAGGGUCUGUUGUUUGUUUGUGCAGCAUUCUGAACAUGUAAAGUGGAAUGUAAACGCUAAGUUUUGUGAUGAUCAGUGCACACUUAUGUCCAUGCAAAACGCAGUGAGGGUCAGAAGCUAGCCUUCCAUUUUCUAUGUAGCAAAUUCUUUCCAACCCUUUAGAAGUGGGUAGGAUUCCAUGGGACUCCCCAAGCAGUAUUCAAUUUAUUUUUCUUUCCACCUCCCAUUCCUCUUUGUGGAGAGUCGCUUACCAGUCUGAGGCAAACUCUUUGUAUAAUCUCUCCUUUAGCUGGAUCCCUCUAACUGGCUUUUAAAAUACAAAUUAGCUUUGUUUCCAAGUUAAAAAAAACCAACACCACAACCAUUAGUCCAAUUGUUUGUUUUGCUUUUUCCACUAAAAAUAAAUAAAAUAGACUUGAAUAAAAAUCUAUAUGCCUUUUGUUUUAAAGCAAAGCCGAGGUAAUCAUGUAUGAAUUGUCAUGUUGGUUUUAGUUAAUGUUUAAGGCCCUGAUCCUACAACUUGUUCUCCAUGGGUUGAUGCUUGCAUCCCCGUGGAUCUCCACUGAAGUCAAUGGAUCACCAUGUAGAUGCAAGGGUCUGACUGUGCAGAACAAGUUGCAGGAUCAGGGCCUUAGUGUGUUACAGUUAAACACACACUCCCGUAAUAAUGAAUAGUUCCUGCCAUGAGGAUGUGUGAAUAUUUGUGAUUGUGUACCUCAUCCAUAUCUAGGUCUAAACUAUUUAUACUACAGUUGGGAACGUGGGAUCUACAAGUAUGUGAAAUUCAUAUCCAGUGUAGGUUGACAUUAAAUGCGGAUGAUGGACUUUCCGCAUGCAUCUGUUUUGUAUUGGAAAAAACCCCACAUCAUUGAAGGAGAUGGAUUUCACUACAGUCUGACUGUGUCGAUCUUUAUUGCUGCUCAUUUAUGGCUCUGUCCUCUUCCCACUGAAGUCCGUAACAAAAUUCUCAUUGAUUUUAAUGGUGAAAAGCACUGUGGUGAUAUCUUGGGUCGCUGCAUGCUCUGAGAGAAUCUUCUUGGAAGCACAUGCCUUGUUUUGAAAAUGGGUUAAUAAAAUCUCCUUGCUUAUCAUUAA